AUGCCUCCCUGCGUCUUUCAUCAAUACUCUCGUCACCGGGCACAGGCGGACCGGACUUUGGAUGCCAAAAAGCGUCUUCUCAGCACUUUCUCAGACCCCGAUUUCCAAGCUCAGGGAUUACCACAAGUUUCUAUCAUUGAGAGAUUCUCCGUUGACCGGCAACACUACCGAAGCUUUUCAGUGGAGUUUUUGGCGAAGAUGUUCUCAAGCCUGCGCUAUAUAAAAUAUUUUGGAUAUAUGUACUGGCCUGCGCUUGGUCGAAACGAGUGUUGGACGGGUGAGGCGGCCAGCGAAGGUAUCCUUCGAGCCGUGAUGGAUAACCCCAGGAUACAAACGUUGACCGUUUGGAACGCACUAAUCGAGACGUUCCCCUUAGACCUCAGUCAAUACAGAUUGCUUAGCUACAGUCUUAUUUCCGCGGCUUUGGAGGCGAGCUACCGGCGUGAACGAGUCGCAUUGCCCAACGUCAUCGACGCUAUCGACUUUUUCGCAAAGCACAUCAAAGCUCCAUCUACUGGUGCCCCGAAAAACGGUCCAGAACACCCACGUCGUUGGCCGUGCCUUAAUCAUUUGGCCUUGACGAAUCAUGUUAUUCGACUUCUUUCGCGGGGACGAAUUUCUUGA